AUGACUGUAGUACAAAGUUAUGCUCCAACGAAUGUAGCAGAUGUGGAAGUUAAGGAAGGUGGUUCCCUGAUGGAUACGCGGAAUAAACGUGGAGCUAAUAUUGCCAGUGACCAUCAUCUCCUAAUUGCGUCAAUCAGACUCAAAGUUGCGGCAAUUAGCAACUCGAAAAAGAAGACACAGAAAAAAUUCGACGUAGAGAAACUGAAAGAUGAAUCUACCCGCGCAAGGUUUAUCGAAUCGCUAAAUGAAACAGAAUACACUCCAACUAACGACUGGAAAAGUAUAAAACAAACUUUCCUAAAAGCAGCGGAAUACUGUAUUGGAUUCAAAGAAUAUAAACGAAAAUCUUGGAUCUCAGACUCCACAUGGGGGUUAAUAAACGAACGUAGAGAUAUAAAAAAUCAGUUAAAUUCCGCUAAGACGAGAUCCGCCAAGGCGGCACUACAGCACACUUACAGCAAAACCGACAAGCUGAUGAAGAAAAGCGCUAGAACGGAUAAACGAAUCUGGAGUGACAACUUAGCUAGAAAAGCACAGGAGGCCGCGGAAACGUACCGCACUCGUGACCUGUAUCAAACGAUACGGCAACUGACCAACGCAACACUCAAAACCUCCAAACCGCUGAAAGAUGAAGAUGGCAAAUUGACAACGGCCAAAGAUAAGCAGACUACCAUCUGGGAGCGUUAUUAUGAAAAACUGCUUUCACCAACUUCGUCGGAGGCUAUUCAGGCAUGUGGUUGCCAACGUCACAUACCAAGACGUGACAUUCACACCUCGUACCCGAAUGAGACGGAGAUAAUGACUGCUAUCAGAGCAUUAAAGAACAACAAAACUCCUGGGCCGGAUAACAUCAACCCAGAACUCCUAAAAGCUGACCCUCAGACGACUGCGCGGAUACUGUUUCCUUUACUUAAAGAUAUUUGGGCCUCAGAAAAGAUACCAGACGAGUUGAAAGAAGGUGUUAUUACUCUUCUUCGGAAGAAGGGAAAUUUAUCGGAAUGUUAUCUGAUUCGCUGA